AGUCAGUCCACUUUGAUCUUCAGAUUUAAUAAAAGCAUUGUCUCCGGCAUUGUACCUCUUGUCAUAGUCCAACAACUUUAGCAAAUCGUGCUUUUAAAAGAGGAACUUAUUUUGGUAUAAGAAGAGUACGCGACAAGAUAAAAACGGAUUCAAUUGGAUUGAAUCGGUUCUACUAGCCAAGUUUAUCCGGAAUUGUCUAUUUCGCUCUCUUUGAGUGAAAAAAAUUGGCUUUCCUCAUCUACUUCAAAGUGUUAGUUGUUGAUAACUUGUAAAUUAUUGCUCGUUUGCUCUCCUAGCUAAACAAAUCCUUUCGUACAUUUUUUUUUUCUGGGGAAAUAACGAGCGCAUUGUGUGAAAUACUGGUCCUAAAGUCUUCAAGAAUAACAAAAGGUAUUGGACUAUACUGAAUUUCUUUUUCUUUUUUUUCUCAAUAGAAUCUUUUCUUUUUUCUUUCUGAUUCUUUGCGGUAUCACUUGUCUGCUUUGUUACAACAUGCUUGCUCCACCUCCCGUUCCUUCCGUUUCAGUUUCUACGGCUUCGCCGUCCGAGCCUUUGAACGAAAAAGAGAGUUUAAAUAUGUCGAAACCCUCAAAUGGUGCUUCAACGAUUCCAGAGCCUGGCGAUAUAAACACUUCAUCACCUUUGGUCGAUAACUGCAAUAAUCUUUUGUAUGAUCUUGCAAACUUUGUUGAGGAUUCUCCUCCAACCCUUACCAGUACUUCUUUCUCUCCAAAUUCGUUUUCGCUUUCUGAUAUGGAUUCCUCAGUGAAUGGAUGGCUUCACCCAUUUGCUUUCGACGAGAAUUUCAACACCAAUCCUACUUCUACUCAAUUUCCUUCUAACGGUAUCAAUUCUCCCAAUUCGCUUGGCCAUUCUUCUAGCGCUUUACGUUCAAACUGUGGAUCUCCCAAUUCCUAUUAUAACGAGAAUUAUGACUUUACAAAAGCAAAUGAUUUGGAUGUAGAUUACAAUUUCCAAUCGUCCAUGGAACCCGUCCAUCCAACUAUCGAUACCAUCGAUCCUUCCACAGUACGCACUCGCCCACCUCAAGCUUCUUAUGAGAAGCCAUCUGGAAACCUUAAGCGCGAUGACAUUCUCGAUGGUGAUGCUCACUAUGUAAAGCAGGAGCCUAGUUCUAAAAAGGCCAAAGUUUCUCCCCAAUCUACCGAGAGUGGUGUAAACUCUUCCGUCUCUUCGGGAAGUCCGCCUUUUCCGGUUCUUGAUCCUAUGGAAACCUAUCAAAAGGAUUCCAAUUCACCCGAAGUCAUAGAUCCUACAACCGGAAAGCCAAAGAAGACAUCGCAUAACAUGAUUGAAAAGCGUUACCGUACGAAUCUUAAUGAUCGUAUUUGUGAGCUUCGAGAUGCGGUUCCUUCCUUACGUGCAGCCGCCGCUCUCCGUUGCGGUGUAACUUUGGAAGAAGAAGAACUGCAUGGACUCGCUCCUGCAAGAAAAUUGAAUAAAGGAACUAUUCUGGCGAAGGCUACUGAAUAUAUACGUCACCUGGAAUCCAAAAGCAAGCAGCUGGCCAAAGAAAAUAAGCGACUUUCUGAUAGAUUGGCUUUUUAUGAAGAUCCAUCUAUGGCUCCCUUGUCCUCUGACAAUAAUAAUAAUAAUAAUAAUAAAUCAUCUGAACCUGUUAACGUCGUUUCUUCAGAGUUUCCUGUACAAAAUGCUUCUCGAAACCAUACCCCUCAGCGUUCUCGUACCUCACCAACUCUUAAUUCUAUGGGUCGUACUGCUUUGAAUGGUAUGGUCGGUUUAGGCCUCUUCAAUUAUUUUGGCGGUGGUAAUGAAUCUUCCCAAUCCAUUUACGGGUUAUUUGCUGUUCCUUCCUUCCUCACUACAAUACCAUUUACAACAAUCACUUGGCAUUUGCUGAAAAUCGGUGUUGUUUUGCUAGGAUUAUUUUACCUAUUGAAUGAUCGUCGAUUUUACAAGAGCUUUAAAUCAAAAGGAAAGGCCAAAGUUCCAGCUGUGUCUUCUACAUCACCCUCAUCUAUCCUGUUCAGGAAAACAAUGUUUGAAAAAUACUGCUUAUUGGAUCAUUCAUCUUCAUCAUUGUCACUCUUCUUUGGUUUGUUGAUAUUUGUCGUCAAAUCUUCUUACAACUAUAUAAGCCAUAGAAUCAGCGGCCUAUACGCCUCCUCGGAAACUUGGGUUUAUAGCGAACAGCAGCUAGCUGAUAUUAGGAAUUUAGAAAAGCUGCUUGAUGCUCAGUUGAUGGGUGGUGAUGAAAAGGUCAAUCGCCUUCGUUUGUUUAUGGUUUUUGCUUCCUCCUUCUUUUUGCCCACUACAAGUCACACGUCGGCUCUUCAGGCGAUGUAUGCUGAACUUAUAUUUUCAAACUCCCCGAUGCCAUCUGCACUUGUUUCGAAGUGUGCCUCAUAUUUGUGGAACCGCGCCAAACGCUUGCACAAUAGUGCAUCUAUGCAAACCGACCUUCAAGAGCUUCCAGAAUGUGUCGUAAAACUAAUUGAGACUUCUGAUGCAGAGGAUGUUUUUUCUGCUUGGAUGGUUGAGCGUCUAUGGACUCUCUCUAGAUGCACUCGCGAUUCUGCAACUUUGUCAAAUAGCGUAAUCAGCAAGCUUUCAGAUGUUGUAGUCAUGUCUCCUUUAGAAACUACUGCUUCUUGGUAUGCAGCCGAUUUGCUGGAUGCUUUAUUGAUGGAAAGUUUAGAUCAUCCUAUUGAAAAAUCUGACAUUGAGAAGGUUCUUUCACUUUCACCAAAAAACUCUCCAGUAUAUCGUCAUGGCUUGGUUGCUAAAUUGGUUCUUUUUGAAGAUGGCACUUCGGAAUCCCUUUUAGAAGUAUUGGCUGCGUAUAACACUACGCUGCAGCUUCGUGGUCAAGACAAGCGCAGCUAUUCCAGUGUGUUGAACUUAAGCAGUAGUAAACUAUUCACCAUUCACGCUUCUUUGGCUCUUGGGUUGUUGCGUCUUGGUUUUUCAGAUGUCGCCAAGCGUAUGUAUAAAGAAAUAUGUGUUCCUGAAGACAAUUCUGAUAUUAGCAUGUUGUCGUUGGUGAUUGGUUGGAAAACAUUGAAGGCCUUUUCGCCGAAAUGCACUUCGCAAAAGGAAAACGAUGUCGUGGAAGCUAUGGCCAUGUACGUUCGUGUUGGAAUUGGUUCCUUGGGAAUUGAGGAUCCCAAGAUUUGUCGUCAUCUCAUAUCAUCUUGUAUUGAGAUUGGAUCUCGAGUUCAAGAAGAUUUGGGAUAUGCCUCGGACUCGGAAAACAACAUAAGCAUAGCCUAAUGCCUUUCUUUUUCUUAAUUUAUUGUAAACUUACACGUGCGAAAGAUUUUCUAUGAUUAUAUUCUCCUUUUUUUGUUUUUUAUAAAGUUGUUGACUAAUAAUAUAAUAUAAUUUACCCUA